ACAUUUCUGCAAUCUUUAUGUUCUUGAGCUGCUAUUAGUUCGUCAAAUAUAUAUUAUGAUCCCUCUUUGAGACACCGAGAGCUAGGGUUUCUACAAAAAUUUGAAUUAAUAAAAUUUCAUCAAAAAUGGCAAAAAUAAACAUUUUAUGGUUUAUUUUGUGCAUUUUGAGCUUACAAAUUAUUGAUACGCAAGUAGCUCAAGCAAAUCAUAGAGAUUGUAUUGCGGAUUGCAAUCAACAAUGCGAAAAUAAAAGAAAGCCAUUUCUAUGCCAGCUCUUUUGUCCACCGUAUUGCGCAAAUGACCUUAAGCAUGCAGUGCUUUCAAAAUCUCUAGUCACUCAAGGUAAACAUCAUCCACCUUCGAGUCCUCAUCGCCGCCAUCGCAGUCAUCACCGCCAUCAUCACCGCAGCCGUCCGAGUCAUCAACCUAAUUUUGCGAGCAGUACCGAUUCAGUUUCUAGCUUUGACUCCAUUCCUAAUUUUAAUCCCGACCCUAAUACUGAUAUUAAUAUAAACACUGAUGCUGAUCUACCUUUACAAUUUUAAUCUUUUUUUUAUGACAAUUUAAAUCGAAGCCAUCCAUAAUAAGGCAAAUGCUGAAAUUAAUAUUUCCUUAUUGCUUUACAGCUAUAUAAUUUGUAGCAUUUUAGUGUUUUGUUUAGUUUUUUAAUGUGUACAAAUUAAACUAAUUUAUAUUACACUUGAAAUUCCCAUCAA